CUAGAUGGACGCUGCCCAGUGCUGCCAGUACGAGUAGGUUGCGGGCUCCGGGUCGCUGUUCGCCAUUGCUGUCUGUUCUGCCAUUAUCGUUUUGUUCGGCGGUCCGGUUUAUUAACAAGGUCUUAUUGAUAUUUGACAUUCGAACUGGCAACAAAAAAGUUAUAAAAAUGCAAUACAAUAGUGUGUAUAAUAAUCAGAACAAUCAUAUGUACAGACCACGUCCUGACUGCAACGAACAAUACGGUAAGCAGACAAACUGCUGGACUCCACAGAUGCCAAACGAUUUUGGAGGUCCUAAAAUGGAUUACAGUAACAAAGAUUUCGGUGGACCGAAAAGUUAUACCAAUAAAAGUCAGACGUUUAUGGCUGGGUUAAAAAAUGAUUUUGGUGGACCCAAAUUGCAGAGUAUGAAAGCAAAAAAUCCAGGUGAAAGUCUCAAAAAACCAGAUUGGAGUCAAGCCAACAUGCAGCCGUUUAGGAAGAACUUCUAUGUACCACAUGCAAAGAAUAAAGACAGGACCAAGGAGGAAGUAGACAGAUACAGGGAGGAGAAAGAAAUCACAGUUAAUGGCAAUGAUGUACCGAAUCCAAAUCAAGAGUUUGAUGAAGGCAAUUUCCCAGAAUAUAUCAUGAGGGAGAUUCGAAAACAGAGUUUUGCUGAACCCACUGCGAUACAGUCACAAGGGUGGCCAAUUGCUUUGAGUGGACGGGAUAUGGUAGGAAUUGCACAAACUGGUUCUGGAAAGACACUGGCCUACAUGCUGCCCGCCGCUGUGCACAUCAGCAACCAAGAACGUCUUCAGAGAGGAGAUGGCCCCAUUGCAUUGGUACUUGCCCCCACUCGAGAAUUAGCUCAACAAAUUCAAACUGUUGCUCGUGACUUUGGUGCUUCAAAUUCAAUUCGCAACACUUGUAUUUUUGGAGGAUCUCCCAAAGGACCUCAAGCACGCGAUUUGGAAAGAGGUGUUGAAAUUGUCAUAGCCACACCAGGUCGACUGAUUGAUUUCUUAGAGCGUGGAACCACAAAUUUAAGAAGGUGUACUUAUCUGGUGCUUGAUGAAGCUGAUAGAAUGUUAGAUAUGGGUUUUGAACCUCAAAUUCGUAAAAUCAUUGAGCAAAUCAGGCCAGACAGACAAGUUUUGAUGUGGUCUGCAACUUGGCCAAAAGAAGUUCAAGCUUUGGCAGAAGACUUCCUAAAUGACUACAUACAAAUUAACAUCGGUUCACUGAAUCUUGCUGCUAAUCACAACAUCAGACAGAUAAUUGAGAUCUGUGAAGAGUCUCAGAAAGAACAAAAAUUGUCCAAUUUGUUAAGAGAAAUUAUGACAGAACGUACAAACAAGAUUAUAAUUUUUGUUGAAACCAAAAAGAAAGUAGAUGAUAUAACAAAAACAAUUAAAAGGGAGGGAUAUGCUGCAAUUUGUAUUCAUGGUGAUAAGUCACAAGGCGAGCGGGAUCAUGUGUUGAAUGAAUUCAGAUGUGGAAAGUCUUCAAUAUUGGUCGCUACAGAUGUUGCUGCUAGAGGUUUGGAUGUAGAAGAUGUGAAGUAUGUUUUGAACUACGAUUAUCCCAAUUCAUCUGAGGAUUACAUCCAUAGAAUUGGUCGUACAGGUCGUUGUGAUCAAUCAGGAACUGCUUACACCUUCUUCACUCCUGGUAACAGCAGACAAGCUCGUGAGUUGGUAGCUGUUCUUGAAGAGGCAGGACAAAGUGUACCUCCAACACUCAUGGAAAUGGCCCGCACAUCAUUCAAUGGAAAAGGUUCUUCAAACCAAACAAAAUCUAACUUUCACAAAAGGCAAUUGCCACAAUCGCAAACAAAUAAUUUUAAUUCGCCAGGGCGCAACCGAUGGCAGCAGAAUAAUAACCGUAACAAGGACAAUGGAGCCAUGAUGAUGGGAAAACCGAUGAACAACCAGUGGAUCAAUCCAAGUCAUCAGGAGUAUCAACCCAUGAGACCGGGAAGUGGUGCACCCAGGUUCAAUAAUCCAAUGGGAAACCACAUGCGCAAUCCACACAACGGAGGAGGAAUGGAGCAUAAUGGAUAUCAACCAAGAAAUAAUGGUUAUCAGAAGAGCUAUCACAACCAAAACAUGAAUGGAGCCGGUGGUUACCAGAGUAAUGGUUACCAAAGCAAUGGCUAUCAAAAUAAUGGACCAAGAAAUUAUGGAAAUCGUGGUUAUAAUCCAUCAGGAGGACCAAACCCACGCUACAACCGUAACCAAUCAAAUGGCCAAUCAAAUUCCCAAUUUGUAGCCAAUGGUGGUGCUUCAGUUCCUCAGGGCCAUGCCAGUCCACAGCCUGCAGCAGGCAUGUAUGGUAUGCUAGCACCCGCUCCUGGCGUCGGAGCUCAUCAUGGACAUCAUGCUUAUGUUAUGGGUGCUCCCGGAGCUCCAGGUGCUGGAAGUGAUGCAGGAAUUCAGAGCAUAUUAAGCAACAAAUUCUUCCAGACCGGUCGCGGUGCUCAGAGCAAUCCCUGUGCCUUCCAAUCAAUGGCACCUCCAUCAGUACCAUACGGUCAAUUUGCUCCUGUCCAGCAAGCGGCCUAUUACCACCAGUACACGGCUGCCCCCCCAACGGCCGCAGUUCAACAAUAAGCAAGACAAUUUGCUUAUUUCACAAACAAGAUAAGUGAAAUAGUACUAUAGAAAAACUAACAGCUAAUUAAUUGAUGACUUGACAGUAAAAUGGUUAUUCCUGGUGACAUUUACUUUACAAGCGGUAAUUUUAAUAAAAAAAAACAAGGGCAGUUGCUGGUUGAAUGAAACUGAAAAUUAUAAUUAACAUUAAAUAUCUUGAUGAGAUUUCAUAAAAGUCAUCGAAAUUUAAAUUAAAGAAAUUUGGAAGUUGAUAAUUAUUUCUAUCCAAGACAGAAGGCGGCAAAUGGUGGUCCAUCUGUGUGCCCCCAACCUACAACCUAAAUUAAGUUUAUAUGUAAUUUUUUGGAAAUCUUUUCUAGUGUUUAGUGAUGUUAUUUGUUCGUUAUCAAUAAAACAUUGCAACAAAAUCGUACCAAAGG